AUGGCUAAACUCAUGAAAUGGGCCACAAAGGCGUUUCGAAGGCCCCCAUCCCCUGCCAUGUGUUUUCCCACCAGCGGCUUCGAAACUGUCCGUCCCUCGGAGGUGCAGCAGGUGCUUGACGAGGAACGGUUUGAGCAGUUCAAACAAGGACAAUAUUACCCUGCUAAUAUUGGCGACGUGCUUAUUUCCAAAUACCAGAUUAUUGGUAAACUUGGUUUUGGGACCACUUCUACUAUAUGGCUCGCUCGUGAUCUUAAGUCAUCAAUAUGUGACACUCAAAAUCUACAAGUUUUAAGUGAUUUUGGCUCUGCCGUACGAGGAGACGAGAGGAAUCACGAUGUACAGCCAAAUGUUUAUAGAUUGCCGGAAGUGAUGCUGAAGACUUAUUAG